CCCGGCGGGGACAGAGCCGCGGGCAGGACGGGGACAGAGCCGCGGGGACAGAGCCGCGGGGACAGAGCCACCACCAGCCCGGGGGACACGGCCCGGGUGACAAAGAGGGGGGUCCCCAACCUGUGUCCCCCCCACAGAGGCGGGCAGCAAGGCCAUGGCGAUGCUCCUGGAGCCUGGGAUGCAGAGCCUGCGGAUGGGUGCCAACGGUGAGCGGUGCCCGACGCCGUCCCCACCCGGCUCCCCGGGGACGCCCCACGACAGCUGCAGCAUCGCCCCGCUGACGCCCUCCCAGUCACCGCGGAGCGAGGCGCGUUCCCAGCAGACGCCGUCCUUCUCCGUGGUGGUGGCCAUCGACUUCGGCACCACCUCCAGCGGUUACGCCUUCAGCUUCACCAGUGACCCCGAGGCCAUCCACAUGAUGAGGAAAUGGGAAGGGGGCGACCCAGGCGUGGCCAACCAGAAGACCCCCACCAGCCUCCUGCUGACCCCGGAGGGGACAUUCCACAGCUUUGGCUACACUGCCCGCGACUACUACCAUGACCUGGACCCUGAGGAGGCCCGCGAGUGGUUUUACUUCGAGAAGUUUAAAAUGAAGAUCCACAGCACCAGUGAUCUGACCAUGAAAACCGAGCUGGAAGCAGUCAAUGGGAAGAAGAUGCCGGCGCUGGAGGUGUUCGCCCACGCGCUGCGCUUCUUCAAGCAGCACGCCGUGCAGGAGCUGAAGGACCAGUGCCCGUCCCUGCCCGAGAGCGAUGCCAUCCGCUGGGUGCUCACCGUGCCGGCCAUCUGGAAGCAGCCGGCCAAGCAGUUCAUGCGGGAAGCAGCCUACAAGGCCGGGCUGGUGUCCCCGGAGACGCCGGAGCAGCUGCUGAUCGCGCUGGAGCCUGAGGCUGCCUCCAUUUACUGCCGGAAGCUGCGGCUGCACCAACUGAUCGAGCUGAGCUGCCGCCCCCCGACCAAUGGCGCUGAGACCCCACACCCCAUCGACUCCAGCUUCCGGCAGGCCCGGGAGCAGCUCCGGCGAUCCCGGCACAGCCGCACCUUCCUGGUGGAAUCGGGAGUGGGCGAGCUCUGGUCCGAGAUGCAGGCAGGUGACAGGUACAUCGUGGCCGAUUGUGGCGGGGGGACUGUGGAUCUGACCGUGCACCAGAUCGAGAAGCCGCAGGGGACGCUGAAGGAGCUCUACAAAGCCUCGGGAGGUCCCUACGGGGCCGUGGGCGUGGACCUGGCCUUCGAGAAGCUUCUGUGCCACAUCUUCGGGGACGAUUUCAUCGCCACCUUCAAGGCCAAGCGUCCGGCGGCCUGGGUGGACCUGACCAUCGCCUUCGAGGCGAGGAAGCGUGCGGCCGCCCCGAGCCGCUCCAGCCCCCUCAACAUCUCCCUGCCCUUCUCCUUCAUUGACUUCUACCGCAAACACCGCGGCCACAACGUGGAGACCGCGCUCCGCAAGAGCAAUGUGAACCUGGUGAAGUGGUCGUCCCAAGGGAUGCUGCGGAUGUCCCCCGAGGCCAUGAACGAGCUGUUCCAGCCGACCAUCACCCACAUCAUCCAGCACAUCGACGCCCUCCUGAAGAAACCCGAGGUCCACGGCAUCAAGUUCCUGUUCCUGGUGGGCGGCUUUGCCGAGUCGGCCAUGCUGCAGCGGGCGGUGCAGGCCGCCUUCGGCCACUGCUGCCGCGUCAUUGUCCCGCAGGACGUGGGGCUCACCAUCCUCAAGGGGGCCGUGCUCUUCGGCCUCGACCCCGGCGUGGUGCGGGUGCGCCGCUCCCCGCUCACCUACGGCGUGGGUGUCCUCAACAAGUUCGUGGAGGGCAAGCACCCGCGCGAGAAGCUGCUGGUCAAGGAGGGCAAGAACUGGUGCACCGACAUCUUCGAGAAGUUCGUCACCGUGGACGAGUCGGUGGCCUUGGGAGAGGUGGUCCAGCGGAGCUACUGCCCGGCCCGGCCCGGCCAGCGCCGGACCAUCAUCAACAUCUACUGCUGUGACAGGGAUGACGUGGUGUACAUCACCGACCCCGGCGUCAGGAAGUGCGGCACCAUCAGCCUGGAGCUGGGGGACGCGGGGGACGCGGGCGCGGCGCGGGGCCGGCGCGAGAUCCGCACCAGCAUGCAGUUCGGGGACACCGAGAUCAAGGUGACGGCGCUGGACACGCGCACGGCGCGCAGCGUCAGGGCCACCAUCGACUUCCUGUCCAACUGAGGGGCCCUGGGAUGUGCCACCAUUGACUUCCUGUCCAACUGGGACUACCCAGGAUGUGCCACCAUUGACUUCCUGUCCAACUGAGGGGUCUUGGGAUGUGCCACCAUUGACUUCCUGUCCUACUGGGACUACCCAGGAUGUGCCACCAUCGACUUCCUGUCCAACUGAGGGGCCCUGGGACAUGCCACUAUUGACUUUGCGUCCAACUGAGACUACCCAGGAUGUGCCACCAUCAACUUUCCAUCCAAUUGAGGGGCCCCUGGGACAUGCCACCAUUGACUUCCUAUUCAACUGAGGGGCCCCUGGGAUUUGCCACCAUCAAAUUCCUGUCCAUCUGGGACUACCCAGGAUGUGUCACCAUCAACUUCCUGUCCAAUUGAGAUGACCCUGGGAUGUGCCACCAUCAGCUUCCUGUGCAUCUGAGACUACCCAGGACAUGCCACCAUCGACUUCCGGUGCAACUGGGACUACCCAAGACGUGCCACCAUCAACUUCUCAUCCAAUUGAGGGGUCCCUGGGAUGUGCCACCAUCGACUCCCUGUCCAACUGGGACUAUCCAGGAUGUGCCACCAUCGAUUUCUCAUCGAAUUGAGGGGCUCCUGAGACAUGCCACCAUUGAUUUCCUGACCAUCAGAGGGGCCCCUGGGAUGUGCCACCAUCGACUUCCUGUCCAACUGAGACCUUCCUGGAGACUCCACCAUUUUAUUAAUCUCCAACUGAGACCUCCUGUCAUUAUGGGGACACCCCCAGGACCUGCCACCCUUGACUUCCUGUCCAACUGAGGGGCCCUGGCAUUGUGGGGACCCCCCUGGAAUAUGCCACCAUUGACUUCCCAUCCAUCUGAGACCCUCUUGGAGAUGCCACCAUGGACUUCAUCUCCACCUGAGGGACCCUGUGAUUGUGGGGACACCCCUGGAAGAUGCCACCAUCAACUUCCUGUCCAACUGAGAGUCCUUGUCAUUGUGGGGACAAUCCCAGGACCUGCCACCAUGGACUUCAUCUCCAACUGAGAGUCUCUGUCAUUGUGGGGACACUCCUGGGAGAUGCCACCACUGUCCCAAUUAGACCUCCUUGGAGAUGCCACCAACUGACAUUGGGACCACCACUGUGUGGACCUCUGGGAGAUGCCACCACUGACUUCGUCUUCAACUGAGGCCAUCCUGGGAUCUGCCACCACUGAAUCCUGUCCAACUGAGAGUCCUUGUUAUUGUGGGGACAGUCCCAGGAGCUCCCACCAUCAACCUCCUGGCCAACUGAGAGGCCUUAGGAAAUGCCACCAUCAAUUUCAUCUCCAGCCGAGACUUCACCAGCAUCAUGAGGACUUCUAGGACCUACCACCAUUAACUUCCUGUCCAACUGAGACCUUCCUGGAGAUGCCACCAUGGACUUCUUGUCCAACUGAGACCUUCCUGGAGAUGCCACCACCGAUUUGCACCCCAGCUGAGAUCUCCUGUCACUGUGGUGACCAUGCCAGGACCUGGCACCAUUGACUCCCUCCCAGACUGAGACCCCCCAUUAUCCUGGGGACCCCAAUCCCUGUCCCCCACCCUCUCCCAGCCCCCCUUUAACUGGAAUUGGUCUCACGACCCCUCCCCAUCCCCCAUCCAGGACUGUUUGGGAUCGUCCACCCGGGGGUGUCCCCUGUCCCUCUGGGCAGGGUCAUGGAGGGGAUUUGGGCUCCCAUCCCAUUCCCAGUGGGAUUUUCCUCCUUCCCGAGGUGGGAUUUUGUACUUUAACCCCUCCCCCAGGCAUGUAAAAUAUCUUUAUAUUUAUAUACAUAUAUAUAUAUAUAUAUAUAUUUGUAGGCACAUAAAACCUCCUGAAACUGC